UGUCCCAAAAAAAAAUUGGGCUCUUUUGGUGUCGUUAAGGCUUAGUCCAUGAAUUAUCGGUACUCAUCAAAUUCAACUUUUAACCUAGACAUCAUUACCCGUUGAGACGCCUACCUACAUAGUUAGGAGAGAAAGUUGCAAUGGCCGCCAGUACCCCGCUCUAUGCCUAUGUCUCCCCUCGCGAAGGAUACGAAAAUGUCCCCCCGCUGCCAACUGAGCUCAACGAGGAUGGCAAGAGCUUCAGGAACCCACCACGAGAGGGGUUGAGUAAGACGUAUGAGGAGUUCCCGGCUCCCCUAGACACCGGGCGCCAAGGUGGCUUUGACGUCCACAUUUACCAUUUCCAAAGCAAUCCAGAACAAGUGAAGCAUGCUAAAGACCUUUGGGAGCGCAUCCGGAGGGAAUUCCCAGAGUUGAGGAUUUACCGAUUCUGGGAACAACCCAUCGGCCCCCAUCCCGUGGCUAUGUUUGAAGUCAACAUCUUCACGCCAGCACAGUUUGGUGCAUUCAUACCGUGGUUGACCAUAUACCGAGGCCCUCUUUCCGUGCUUAUUCAUCCCAACACCAUCGAGGAAGGCGUUGACCAUAAUGCCACGGAGCUCCGCAACCACACACAAAGAGCUACGUGGAUGGGCGAAAGGUUGCCUCUGGACACCAGCAUUUUCUACCGCAGUAAAAACUGAGUAGUCGCGCAGAAGGAUUAGGUCGCGUAGAUUGGAUUUCACGUGAAUAAAAUCAUUCAAGACCCCGCCUCUUCUUACGUAUUACCUCGCGAAGUGUCGACGUACCUUCGGCACAUUUGGUGAGAUAGAAUGCCCUCUGUGAGACUCACUUGAGUAAAUGACAUUAGUAUCUUCCGUACGUUUUUGCUUCUUACUUGAUGAGUACCGCAGACCACUUCUACCUUGGCAAGACAUGU